GCGUGUCGUUCGUAAUGGAAAGAAAGAUACCACUACUUCGCCUCUUUGUUGGACCGCCGGCGCGAACACAGUGGUCGGGCUGGCUGGUGGUUUCGGGAUCCCAUAGAAAUGCUUCUUUUAUGCCUCGGGUAUUAGCCACAGCUCGUAUUCAUUCAUUAAUUCUACCCCUUCUUCAUUCUUGGACCUCGUUUCUUAAUAUUGUUACUUUUCCAUGCUGUGUCUCAGGAACCUUUUCAAUACGGUCCGGAUUGCUAGCUCACGUUCAUAGUUUUGCUACAGAUGAUACACGAGGAAUCAUUUUAAGGCGGUUCUUCCUUCUAAUGACCGGCAUAUCUAUGAUUCUUUUCCAGAUGAAGCAGCAGGCAUCGGUCCGUAGAACCUAUAAAAAGGAGAUGGUUGUGGCGCGAAGUACUCUUGUGCACCUACGUCAUUCGGCUCGCGCGCAGAAGGUGGGGCUCAUAGUCUUCCAGGCCUGCUCUGGGGGCUUCUAGUACCGAUAUGAGUAGCGCGCGUGUCCGAAUUUGUUCUCGCAGGGCCGGAAGGAGCGCACGCCAAGUUAGACAGAGCAAAGGGGGUCCUAUCAAGUCGGUCCGCUAACGCCUUAUCUUCCUAUUUAUAAGCCACAGCCUACUUCGACAUUUCCAAUUUGCCAUAGAGGAACUUCUUCCUGGGUCUGCGGCCAUUGCUGCUAAACUAACGGAGGAAGGAGGAGGGGAAGGGUGGCGGACAUCAAAUGGAUUAGAGUUUUCAAAAAACUAGAAGAGGUUCAAUUCCUCUUUGAUGUGGUUAAGGGAAAAGAUAGAUAUCAGAGAAUAAAUUCAAAGGUAAGACUGGUUUUUUCUUAGGUCAUCGGGUAAAGUUUAAUAGUUCCAAGCUAAACGUACUAAAUCAAUUAGCUUAUUACAAUUGGAAAAUUCCAUUCAUUUCUUGAAAAUAUUUCCUACUCAUAUUAGCUAUCUACGAUAAAAGUAGAAGCAAGGUCUCCGCUUUUUUCAAGGAAAGUCUCAGUGCGUAAAGAGUCCUCAUACAAGAAAAAACCCAGUGCCGUAGUCAGCCAGGUGAGUAACAAACAGGCCGUAGGCAGAGGAGGCCCUUUUCCCAAUCAAAGUCUUUCCCCCUUAAUCUGCAUCCGAAUAUGGAGUAAGGAUGAAAUUAAAUGAAGGAGUGGAGUAGUAAAGAAACUAUGAUGAAGUGUGUCAACAACAUAUUCCAAUAUAUACUUAACAACAACAAGAUGAAUGCCAAGGUCGUACAUGACGCGCUUAAAUCACUCUUUGCUAUAGCUCGGAAAAAGGCCAAACCAACCCAUGAAA